AUGUCCUCCUCAACCGACACUUCCAGCUCCUCCACCACCACCACCAGUGGUACCAACACACCCUCUACCCCUACUUCCACCUCUACCACCACUUCUACCACUACAACCACAUCCUCUUCCUCGAAUUCAACCAGUGAUAAUUCCAAGACCGCUUACUGCUACAUGGACUGGCUCCGAAUCGAGGGACAUGCACAACACUGGCUGGGGGCACAGAAGAAGAGCAAGAUAUCCAGCUACAACACGAGUUACAAAUCCCCAUCCCCAUUCAAACAACCAAAACACAAAAAUGUCCUCCUCAUACUCCUCCAGCACUUCCAUCACCACCACUACUACUACCACCACACCCUCUACCUCUACCUCUACCACUACCACUGGCUCUACCACUUCCUCUGGCUCUACCUCUACCUCCUCUACCUCCUCCACCUCCACCUCCACCCCAUCGACAGCCACAUCCUCCUCCUCUACCACAACAAGUUGAAAGUCCAGUGA